AUGUUAAAUGACUGGCACUUCAAGAAGGGGCUACUGAAAAUCAGCGCUGCGAAUUACGAGCACAUGCUGAGUCCAGUCACAAAAGAUUGGUUCCUUGUUUCAAGCCCAUGGCCCGUUCUAGGCAUUGUUCUGUGUUACCUAUUCUUCUGCAUGAAGCUCGGGCCAUACUUCAUGAGUAACAAGAAGCCAUAUGAAUUGAAGACAGCUAUAAAAUUGUAUAAUAUAUUUCAAGUGUUAAUAAGCUCCUAUUUAGUGUAUGAGGGAUUCUUGUAUGUAUUUCACAAGGAUUACAGCUUCAAAUGCCAGGCACCUGACCACGAUGAUUCUCCUAGGAGUGUUAGGAUAGCAAGAAAUAUUUAUAUAUAUUUCGCUCUGAAAAUAAUAGAACUGCUUGAUACAAUAUUCUUCGUUCUUCGCAAGUCCUACAGACAAGUCUCGUCGCUACACCUGCAUCAUCACAGUUUAAUGCCAUUGGCAUCGUGGAUUGCUAUUAAGUAUAUUCCAGGUGGUCAAGGUGUGCUAGUGGGAUGGGUGAACAGUUUCGUCCACGUGAUAAUGUAUGGCUACUAUUUAAUAUCUGGAUUGGGACCUCAAUACAAGAAGUACUUGUGGUGGAAGAAAUAUGUUACCGUGUUGCAAUUGGUGCAGUUUGCGUUCAUCUUUUGCCAUAGCGUUACAAGCCUGUUCUUCUCCUGUGGAUAUCCAACAACGAUCAAAUAUCUUACCAUCGUGUACUCUGUAGUAUUCAUGAACAUGUUUGGCCGAUUCUACUAUCAAAACUACGUGAAACCAAAGGCACCAGCUAAGAAAAUCGAAAAGAAUGGAGUGAAAAAUGGCGUCAAGAAAUCGCGUACUGAAUAA